AGCAUACAUCAAUGCGAUAGGAGUGCCCCAAGUGUUAGUGUUUUACGGACCUGACGUAAAAGCAUUGACCCUUUUAGUAGAAAAAAAUGAUACCAGCGAUAUUUUGAAAACAAAGUUUGAGGACUGGGAGAUAUCAUUUUCUCUUUACAGUAACACAUUCCCAGACAUUCCGCUGAGUACAUUACGCCUACUUGAUGAAUCAUCGAUGACUGGAGUUGACUAUCAAGUUGAAACGGAAUUUCGUUUUCAUGCCGGUCCUACAUAUGCGAUUGUUGGUUUUCGAAAAUUUAGUGGAGAAAAUCCAGCUACGGAAGAUGACUUUUAUUAG